AUGGAUCACUCUCUUUUUGGCUGCCUAAGGAACCCACAUGCCCCAGCCCAGACUCUGCACCCGGCUUUCACCCAGUCCUCCCUGGCACUACACGGUCGAUCUGAUCACGUCUUGUACCCUGACCUGCCCGGACCCUCACCUCCGUGCAGCUACACAGGGGAGGAUGGAAACUUCGGGGCACCUCUUGGUCGUGGCCAUCCUUCUCAGCAGCUUCCCCAUCACCAUCAGCAUCAGCCAGCCUGGCAUAUUCAGCAGAUGCCCUCACCUGGCAGUGCCCGCCACAGUGUAUGUCUGCCACAUCCAGACACUUCUGCAGCAGAACUGUGCACCUCUGGAGGAGCAGCAAGUCAGAAUUUGUGCACAACCAACCCUGGUCUGGUAGACACUGACCCUGUGGGGAGAUCUUGUGUAUCUGGGGAGUUCGGGCGCCAAACUAUGUCACCCAUAGAACCAGAGAGGAGAAAUAGCAAAGGAAAAAGUGACAACUCAGAUUCCCAAGACAGAAGCUAUAAGUCAGACGUGAGCAGUAAGCCCAGGAAGGAGCGUACAGCGUUUACCAAGGAACAGAUUCGUGAACUGGAGUCGGAGUUUGCCCACCACAACUAUCUGACACGACUAAGACGUUACGAAAUCGCUGUCAACCUUGACCUCACCGAAAGACAAGUAAAGGUGUGGUUCCAGAAUCGAAGGAUGAAGUGGAAACGAGUGAAAGGAGGACAGCAGGGAGCAGCAGCACGAGAGAAGGAACUGGUGAAUGUAAAAAAGGGAACACUUUUGCCCUCCGAGUUUUCUGGCAUGGUGGGACUGCACCACCCUGUUGGUUCCCCUGCCAAUGAGGACGACAGUCCCGACAGUGACCAGAGCUCUGAGCAUGCUCACUUAUGACCUUCUGGAAACAUCGGUCUGAACCCUCUAGUUUUCCUCAGGAAUUCUUAGGACUCUGGGGCCCUUAAAAUAGUCUCUGGCCAUUGGUAAAUUUGUUCUGUUAAACACAUGUUGAGGAAAACUACUGCACAGAGCUUCAUCUCUUUUUGAUUGUUCUAAAACAAAAUUG